AUGGCAGUCAUUCUAGCUCUGGUGAGCACAUGGAGGGCUGUGCGGCCCUACAAAGAAAUGCCACCCCACAUCAUUACUGACCCGGGCAGCACAUCGUUCUCCACUGUGUCUCCAGACUCUCUGUUCAAUCAGCUCUGUUUCAGUAUUUUGAACCUCGCAAGGGAGGCUAGAAAACACACACUGGGAGUUUUUCACCCAACCUUCCGGAUGCUGGAGAUGGUGCGACGCUCUCUGCUCGAAAUGCUUCCGGAGGACGCCCAUCUCCGAGCCACAGGCAAGCUCUGUGUGUCGCUCACCAGACUGGCGGAUGGAGGAAAUGUGUUGGUGUCAAAGUUUGACACCAGAGAGGAGCUCAUUCAGGUUCUAAUCUGCAGCUGCUUCUUUCCUGUUUACUGCGGUUUUAUACCACCAUCAUAUCAUGGAGUGCACUAUGUGGAUGGAGCCCUGAGCAACAACAUGCCUAUGUUUGAGCACAGGAACACCAUCACCAUGGCCCCCUUCUCAGGAGAGAGCGACAUCUGCCCCAGGGAGGGUACAUUCAACUUUUUCGAGGCCAGCUACAGCAAUGUUAGCAUUCAGGUUAACACCGGCAACGUCUAUCGUGUAUGCACAUCGUUCCUUCCUCCUUCGCUGGAGACACUUGCAGAGAUCUGCCACAAUGGCUACAUGGAUGCCCUUGGUUUCCUGAAAGAAAGAGAUCUGCUCAGUGAGAAGUACAGCAUUGUGAGCGUAGCAAGUUGGAAAGACGGGACCAAACCUCCUUGUUGGGAGCCUGGGGAAGAGCAGGCUGCAGGGGAGGAGAGGCUGAGGAGGAAGCUGCAAUGUGAUGGAAGAAAACCUCAGAUAUGGCUCAACCACAAAGUCAACAACAACCUUCCCUCCAAUAUUAAGAAAGUGCUGUGUGAGGCGUGCCGGUAUAACCACCACAAUGGCAGCCAGUGGACUCACAGCCUUACUGACUUCCUCCCCAUAAGAGUCAUCUGUUACACGCUGACUCUGCUCCUCCUGCCCAUCCAGCUCAGCCUCUUGCUUGCCAAAAGGCUUUGGGACGACCUGCAAACCAUUUAUGGAAAUAGCAUUAGUAUUCGGACAGAUGUGGAGCAUUGGGAGCGAUAACCUUAAAAG